AUGUCGUCAACUAUCAGCCCGAGUCUCGUCGUUCUUAUCACUGUCGUCGGCGCCGGCGCAGCCGUCACCAUCGGAUUUAGCAUCGCCAAGAUGUUUGGCCGUAUUGAAGAGGAAAAACUCCGUCCAAUGGGCCGUGCGCAGGAGCAGUACAUGCGACAGGUCCGGGCGAGAAACCAGACAGCAAUGUACUGGCAGUCAGUUGACGCAGCGAGAGCUUCAAACACCGAGACCGAGCGGACAAAUCCGUAUGUCGGGUUGCCCAGAACCGACGGCGGGAAUAAAUAG